AUGUGUGACAACCCUGUUUCGGACGACGCCAUCAUGGAUAUAUCGACCGAUGACAACGACGUCGUUCAUGCUGCCCCUGCUGCUCUUCCUGCUUCGACGGGUUCUUCCUCCAUCAACACAGCAGCCGGUUCUGGCAGCACUGAAGGUGCUGGAAUAAAUACUGGUGUGCAAUUGAGCGAUCUCACCAAAAGCUUCAGCCAGCUACAGUUUGCUCAGAGACAUCAGUCAAAUGAGGAUACCUUCAACGACCAUGAAGAACAAGGCAGCAACGAAAACCAUAGCCUCAAAAGCUACGAGCACUAUCAUGGAAAGCUCCUGGAUUAUGAAGAAGUUGUCGAGUACGAAGAAGAAGAUGAUGACAUGGGUGCCAGCAGUGAUGUUAGAAUCGAGCAAAACGAGUCUGAAGAAUGCAGCAGCGACGAUGAUGAUGAUGCCAAUUGUAAUCCUUACAGCCGCGAUAGCUACUCUAUUGUGUCGCCCUUUGACGAUUAUGAUGAUGAUUAUGAUGAUGAAGAGGCGAUGGAUUAUGAUGACGACGAGGAAACAGACAAUGUUGCUGCCAUUGUUGACGAGGAUGACGACCAAGCAACCGUCACGCACACACUCCAUCAUUUCCAAAGAGCUAUCACCAGCGUCAAAAUCGCGGUGAAACUUGUCAACCAUGCUUCGGCGCGCCAACGACACGUCUUUAACGGCGAUUCCUCGUCUUACGCAAUUACUUUACACAGAUCUGCUCUUCUUAGUAACCUGCCUAUCGAAGAGGUAGCCGAGGACCGGGACCUGAAUGAAGAGGAGUAUAUUGAAGGAAGAGAAUGGGACGAUCAUGGCGACGAGCGCCAUGCUUAG